CCGCUUCGAUGGCCUGAUUCUUUCGACUCUGAAUCUCUUGAUCCUGGUUGCGAGCCUCAAAGACUCGGAUCCGCUACACCCCGUCUCUCGCAGUAUGAGAUAUGUAUUCCCAUUACAGCAACCACACUGUAUCUCAUACUCGUACGAAAAGCCUCGUUAGGGCCCACUCCCAAAGAGAGUUAGCGCCAUCCGCCUUUUGCGCCAGACUUGCAACGGGCCCGCUUUCUCUACCCUUUGGCCAAUACUGGCCUUGCCGCAUUUUGUAUCGCAGAACGGUCAACCCGUAAUUUAAUCCAGGUUGAAAGGGAAAAAAAGAUAGGAAAGGGAAGGAGGGAACACUGCACUGCUGCACUCUGUGAUACCGUGAAUUCUAUAUAGUGCUUCAUCUAUCCCACCUCUUCUCCCUUUUUUCUUCUUCUUUCUGCAUCCGUCCAAGAUUCCUCGUCUUUAUUUCUCCCCACUCUCCCUCCACCUCUUCCGGGUCUGGGGUAUAGCUUCACAAAGCUUUCCUCACUCACUUUCUUUUCCAGGAACAACUUGUUUCUGGAUUAUACAGUAUAGGUUGAGCCCAUCCCCGGCUGAUUCCUUCCGAUCUUGUCAAGAAACCAAAGAAGCAAACAAAACAACGGACCGAAUUGGUCUUUAUCUCAGAGACCUCUUUAUCAAAAGGCUCUUUUACAACGGACCCCUGCUCUCAAGUAGCACCUCGGCAAUACCGACUUCGAUUUUACGCCCCCAAUCGACAAGAAUAUCUCUUUGUUCCAUUGCGGCAUCUUCCAACUCUCCCAGUGCGAGCCUGCCCACGAUUUUACGACCGUUCCCCGACCCAUUCACGAUAUAGGACUCGACUGCAUCUCUGUUUCCACAGCGCCAAUUUGUAGUCUUGCCCCCAACGGAAAGCUUACGAUAACUUGCAUUGCAAACGAUCUCGACGAGUACCCUUGCGGAUAGCAGCGAUUUUUCUUCCCCCGAGCAACAAUUUCCCCCAAAGUCCACUCGGUUCUCUACGUCUUGUUCCAACGCGCCUUGCCUAUUAACCGUCAAGAUGGGUCUCUCAAAUUGGACCCCUUUCAAGAAGGAUCGCCAGAAUUUCCCAGGUGUUGUGAUCCCGCUGGCUGAUGCUCCUGCUCACAUCUCCGCAAAUGCGGAUGAAAAGGCCAAAAAGUCCUUGGAUCUUGCGUCUUCCUCCGAGAAUGGCUCGGCUGGUUCGCUGCACGAGGCUACUCACUUGACUCUUGAAGCUCUCCGGGCGGAGGUGGAGUCUGAUCUCUCCACGUCGGGCCAGGAUUCAGUUUAUGAUCGUAAAGCAAAGGUGAUCAACCGCGCUAUCCAAGAUAUCGGCAUGGGACGAUACCAAUGGGAACUAUUCUUCCUGUGCGGCUUCGGCUGGACCGCUGACAAUCUCUGGCUUCAGGGAGUUGCCCUAACUUUGACACCUCUUUCGUACGAGUUUGGUAUCUCCGAGUCGAACGUUCGGUUUACGACUUGUGCUCUGUUCUUGGGUCUUUGCAUCGGUGCCUCAUUCUGGGGAAUUGCAUCCGAUAUCAUCGGUCGCCGCUGGGCUUUCAACACCACCUUGUUCCUUGCGGGUGCCUUUGGUCUCGCUGCGGGUGGCGGUCCCACCUGGAUCGGUGUCUGUGCUUUGUACUCUUGCCUUGGUCUCGGUGUUGGUGGAAACCUCCCUGUAGAUGGCAGUCUUUUCUUGGAGUUCCUUCCCUUUGCCUCCGGCAACAUGUUGACCAUGUUGAGUGUUUGGUGGCCAAUCGGUCAACUGAUCGGCAGUCUCUUUGCCUGGGCUUAUAUUCCCGCUUUCAGCUGCUCUUCUAUGGAAGGCUGUACCAAGAGUCAGAACUGGGGCUGGCGCUAUCUGAUUCUCACUCUGGGUGCCAUCACAUUCUGCAUGUUCGUCGCACGGUUCUUCUUCUUCCAUCUGUACGAGUCGCCCAAGUUCCUGCUAUCUCGCGGCCGCCAAGAAGAAGCCGUUGCUUCGGUCCAUGGAAUUGCAUACAAGAACAAGACCAAGACCUGGUUGACCAACGAGAUCCUCAACGAGAUCGGCGGCUAUGCCGAGACCAAGGAGGAAGAGAAGCUCACCUACAGCCAAAUUGUGAUGCGUUUCUUCUCCAAGUUCUCGAUGGACCGAAUUCGUCCCCUCUUCGCCACUAAGCGCUUGGCCAUCAGCACCGUGCUUCUGUGGUUCUGCUGGGCUACCAUCGGUAUGGGAUACCCCCUGUUCAACGCCUUCCUGCCUCAGUACCUCUCCAAAUCAGGCGGCACCACCAACUCAAACUACAUCACCUACCGGAACUACGCUAUCACUUCCAUCGUCGGUGUCCCCGGCUCCGUCUUGGCCUGCUACACCGUUGAAAUCAAGUACAUCGGUCGCAAGGGAACCAUGGCCAUCGCCACCAUGAUCACCGGUAUCUUGCUGUUCUGCUUCACCGCAUCCUCCAACUCCAACGUUCAGCUGGCCUGCAGUUGUCUGGAGGCUUUCUUCCAGAAUAUCAUGUACGGUGUUCUGUACGCUUACACCCCGGAGGUGUUCCCUGCCCCGGUUCGUGGUACCGCGACUGGUAUCUGCAGUUGUUUGAAUCGGAUCGCUGGUCUUUGUGCGCCGCUCGUGGCUAUCUACGCUGGUGGUAGUAGCCCCGACGCGCCCAUUUACGCUUCUGGUGGCUUGAUUCUUGCUGCCUUUAUUGCGAUGGCUUUACUCCCCAUUGAAACUCGGGGUAAGCAGAUUCUGUAAAGAGUAGAAUGUGCGGUUUGGAUUCAGUACCAAAAAUUCAGGCUUUCUUUUCUCUUUGAUGUUGAAUUCUUCUGUCGCACAGCGGUGUACAUAGUUUUCCAAUCUGGACAUAUUCGCAAUUUAGAUGCUGAGUAUUUUCAA